AAUGCACCAAUAACUUGUAUCGACCUAUAGAAAACCUAUAAGCUUUUCACAACUCCAACAAUGGUACAACCCGAAUCGAAACUGGAUGUGGUCAUCAUCGCCCCUCCAACCAUCGAACACCAAGAAGAACCCGUUAAGCUAUCGAGUAGUAAGAAUCAAGAAAAACCCUCGAAGCCAUCGAUCAUGGUUAACAUCAAUGCAAGCUACUUUAGGGUUUGCAUAUCUCUUGGUGGUCAAGCCUUGCUGUGGAAAACCCUAAGUGAAAAAACAGACAUCCCACCUAACUUUCAUAAUCUGUUCACCAUGUUACCAUCGACCGCUUUUGUCCUCCUUUGGUGUGUCGCGCUCUGCGUGUUGGUGUCUCUAUCGAUCCUUUACGCUAUGAGGUGCAUUUUCUACUUCAACAUGGUGAAAGCUGAAUUCCAUCACCAUGUAGGAGUAAAUUACCUGUUUGCACCAUGGAUUUCAUGGCUCCUAUUACUUCAAUCUGCCCCAUCGUUCAUUUUUCGAAAUAAAUACUCUUACGAAUAUGUAUGGUGGCUACUGAUCAUCCCCGUCGUAGGUCUUGAUGUUAAGGUAUACGGACAGUGGUUCACGACCGAAAAGAGGUUUCUGUCGAUGGUGGCUAACCCUACGAGCCAACUUUCAGUGAUAGGGAAUUUUGUUGGAGCCCAUGCUGCCAUUAAAAUGGGGUGGAGAGAAAGUGGUACAUGCUUAUUUACAUUGGGACUGACUCAUUACAUGGUGGUUUUCAUCACCCUUUAUCAGAGGUUAUCUGGCAGUAAUCACCUCCCUUCCAGGCUCAGACCAGUUUUCUUCCUCUUUGUAGCCACCCCGAGCAUGGCGGCCUUAGCUUGGAAAUCCAUUAAUGGAAGCUUUGAUGUCCAAUGCAAAAUGCUGUUUUUUCUAUCCUUGUUUCUUUUUGCAUCUUUGGCUAGUAGGCCGAUGCUUUUUAAGAAAUCAAUGAAAGAGUUUAGCGUGGCAUGGUGGGCUUUCUCUUUCCCGCUCACCUUCCUUGCUCUAGCCGCAACAGCAUACGCUCAUCAAGUGAAGUGUGUCGUCGCAAGCGGAUUGGCAAUACUUUUGUCAGCAAUUUCUGUUCUUGUUUUUAUCUUCUUGCUGGUCUUCUCCACUUUGAAGAUCGACUCUCUUUUUGCCAAUCCAAAAUCACAUCUGAUGUACUAAAACGUGGUUUUAAGAAUGUGUUAUGCAAAAUAAGAAUUAGAAUCAAAAUAUGUUGCAUUUUCGUACAAUUUUUAUCUUUAUAUAUGUAU